AAAAGCAGAGACCUCCCUACAGACAGGAUCAUGGUGGAGCUGACAUGUCUUACUGCUUAUUGGCCUCUCAUCCGAUUCCUGGUUCCUUUGGCUAUCACCAACAUAGCCAUCGAUUUUGGGGAACAGGCUUUGAACCGAGGAAUCGCUUCAGUAAAAGAGGAUCGUGUGGAGAUGCUGGCCAGCUACGGUUUGGCCUACUCACUUAUGAAGUUCUUUACUGGGCCCAUGAGUGACUUUAAGAGUGUCGGACUGGUGCUGGUAAACAGCAAGAAGGACAGAAGGAAAGCAGUGCUGUGUAUGGUCUCAGCCGGUGUCGUAGCUGCAAUCUUCCAUGCUCUUAUAGCUUACACAGAUUUAGGAUAUUACUUCAUCAACAAACUCCACCAUGUGGACGAAUCUGUUGGAAAAAAGACAAGGAAGGCAUUUCUUUACCUUGCAGUGUUCCCUUUGCUGGAUGCCAUGGCAUGGAUUCAUGCUGGCAUCCUGCUAAAGCACAAAUACAGCCUGCUGGUUGGCUCGGCUUCCAUCUCUGAUGUUGUAGCGCAGAUCAUAUUUGUGGUGAUCCUACUCCACAGCAACCUGGAGUGUGCUGAACCCUUGCUAAUUCCAAUUCUGCCUUUGUACAUGGGAGCACUGGUGCGCUUUAGCAUUGUGGGAUUGGGCUACUACUGCAAAGUUCAUGACAACAUUCCCGACUCCUGGAGCCAGGACAUGGGGGGAGAUACCACCAUCAGGAAGAUGUUAAACUUCUGGUGGCCACUUGCACUCAUACUGGCCACCCAGAGGAUCAGCAGGCCUAUCGUCAACCUGUUUGUGUCUCGAGAUCUCAAAGGCAGCGCUGCUGCCACUGAGUCUGUAGCAGUGCUCACAGCCACCUACCCAGUGGGACACAUGCCCUAUGGUUGGCUGACCGAACUACGGGCUGUCUAUCCAGCCUUUGACAAGAAUAACUCAUCCAACAAGCUAACUGCUGGUGCUGGAGUGACAAAAUCCCAUAUCAACAGGUUCACUUUAGCCUGCUUUACUCUCUCUGUAACGCUAUGCUUCGUAGUGUUCUGGACCCCUGGUGUGUCCGAGCUGAUCCUAGUGAAUGUAAUUGGAGUGGAUGUGAAUUUCGCUCAGCUCUGCACUGUUCCUCUUCGGAUAUUCUCCUUCUUCCCUAUUCCAGUGACGAUUCGAGCUCAUCUGACAGGCUGGUUGAUGACCCUGAGGAAGACGUUUGUGCUGGCUCCUAGCUCUUUGCUGAGGAUAAUCGUGCUCAUCAUUAGUCUCAUAGUGCUUCCUUACAUGGGUGUACAUGGUGCUACAUUAGGAGUGGGCUCACUACUGGCCGGAUUCGUGGGAGAAGCCACAAUGGUGGCAGUGGGGGCAUGCUGCGUGUAUCGACAGCAGAAAAAGAUUUCAGGCAGAGAGCAAGCCAAACAGGGGGAAAACUCUUCCCCAAUGGGAGAUGCCACAUCUGCAACGGCGUUAGAUGACAUUGAAGAGCUGGACGAGGAAGAAGGAGAGGAGGAUGGGAUUGAAGAAGUGAACUGAGCGAAAAGAGAAACCUGAGGUGAAAUGAUGACAAGGGAAAAACACAGAAUUUUGCUUGGGAUUUUGUGUAUUACUGUAGCUAAAAGAAAAAAUUUACAAUGCAAACCAUACUCCUGAAACCAAAUUACAGUACUGUCAUGUGUGAGUGGAGCUUUCCUGCUCAGACCAAGCCUAAGCUGACGGACCUGCUACAGCACUUUCUACAACUGACAGAACCUUUUUGCACUGAAGUCCUCCACAAACUCCCUAUCCAGCAUUUUCAGUACUGAAAACGGGAGUGGCUGGAAGAUGUUUUUGUUCUCUGCUUCACACCAUCUUGUCAAAACCAACACCCAAGUAUAUCUAAUUGCUCAGAGGGUGUUAAUCUGGCACAAAAGCUAGUUCUGAACUUUGACACAAUGGUACAUGUUGUUUGAGACAGUAUGGGCCUUAAAAUGCACAAUAUCUGUUAUUGCACAUUGUCUGUUAACGCACAAUAGACUGUCAAUGUAUUACAGUGAUGGCUACAAAUGUUACAGCGUACAUUAAUUGAGCUCUUCAGGGAAAUACACAAAGGAGAUGCAUAUCAUUUUUCUUUAUUUUGUUUAUCCCAAACUUGUACUCUUUGAUUAAUGGGAUAAUUUUUUGGGUAUUAUAUAUAUAUUUUUUUCGUUUAGAGCCUUCUGUGGUAAAGAAAGCUUUCUAACAUCAGCUUAGACAGAAAUCUUCAUAUUAAACGAUGCAGGAGUGUGGAGAUGACAAGAAUUGCUAAACCAUUUAAUUACUGUUUUCUCUGAAGCCUAUUUUGAUAAAGAUUUAUACACGUGCUUACAAGUCUUUGUAGUUUAGAAAACAAUGCUUUAUAAUAUUUUUUAUAAACUAUACAAAUCCACAUCAAGCUAUAUUAUGGUUUAUAAAUAAAUGUCCCCUGAAACAAUAGUAAAACGUACAAUGCACUAAAAAUGUGAACUUUUAUUUCAGAUUAAAAAAAAGCACUUCAAUUCAAUUUCCAAGUCCAGAAGGAAUUAUCUAUAAUAUUUUAAUGGAGUAUUUUGAUACACAGUAUUAAUGUAAAAUCACAUUUACUCUUAUUCAUUUAGAAGAUCACUUUUAUCCAAGUGAUUUUACCAAUGAUGUAAGUAAGUAAGUAAAGUUUAUUUAUAUAGCACCUUUCACAGAUAAAAUCACAAAGUGCUUUACAAAAUAUAACAAUAAAACUUAAAUGUACAAUAAAACAUUCUUGCAAAGUAAAAAAGAGAAAUUAUUAGAGACAGUAAAACUUCAACUCUAAAAUAAAACCACUACAACAGGGAUGAAACCAUAAAAUGGACAAAUAAUGCUGCCAUUUUUAUUAAGCACUAGAUGAGAAAAGUACACACAGUGCACUCAAAGGACUAAGAGCUAGCAUAAGGUUUUUUUAGGAAUGGGACGUUAGGGGUUAGUUCAUGGAAGUGUUCAUGGAAGAAUUGGGUCUGUAAGCUGUUUUUUAUUUUUUUUAUUUUUUUUUAUUUUUUUUUUUUUUGGAAGAUAGUUACAAAUUCUUCUGUUUGGAUUGAAGUUGGAAGUUCAUUCCAACACUGAGGGACAGUCAGUUAGAAGGUUCUUGAAAGAGACUGAAUGUCUCUCUGAGAAGUUUCUACCUUGGUCAUUAUCUGUUUGCAGGUUGUGGGAGGGAACAUAAGUAUCAUGGAAAGUGUUGAAGGUUGCUGUUCCAGAUAAGGAAAUUGAACAUGAGCAUAAAGAAUGUAUUUGAUACAUUCUGAAUUAUCUCAAGGUUUUUGAUGGAGCUGGCUGGUAGUCCAGUUUUGAGAUCAUUUUUAUAAGUGCUGGUAAAGGACUUGCAUUUAAUGUUGGUGUCUCUGUGGAGGGAGAUGAAGAGCAGAACUGGUUGUCUACAAGACUGACUGAUACAUUGUGAAUCAUCUGAAGGGGUUUGAUGGAGCUAGCUGGGAGACCAUUGGAGUAGUCGCUGUGUGGAAUAAUCACCUAAAUUUACCUGAAAAUAUUUACAAUGUAUUGUUACCAAGCUACAAAAUUUGUAAACCUUAUUAAUAAUGAAUUAUUGGCUUAAGAAAUUUCAUCUGCAACCUGGAUUAAACCAGUCUUAGAUCUCAAUAGGUUUUUGUUGUGUAUUCAGAAUUUAGUUUCAUUCUGUCUAGUCUUAGGCAUGCGUCACUGAAGCUCAUGGCAACAUUUACACUCUUUACCAUCCAGAUCUCCUUGGUUCUUUUGUUCUUUGAUCAACUUCAGGAAUAUCAUGGAAGAUUAAUUCCAAAUUCAUGGAAUGGCUGGAAUUCCAUGUAUGUUAAUUCUCUUUGUAGGGCUCUUACAGGGUGUGUAAGCCUAGGGAAAAACUUGUCACAUGCUUGUAGUAAUGUUUUACUGUAGAGUUUACAAGGCUUUUCCUAAAUCUCCAUACAAGUACCAGUGCAAAGGCAUUAUUCAUUUAUUUAUUCCUCCUCAGUAACUGCUAUAUCCUAGUGAGGGUCAUGGUGAGUCCAGAGCUCAUCCCAGGAACAUGGAGGGUUAUAAGGGGGAAACAGGGAUGGGGAUGUUGUAGCCUAGUGAUUAAGCUGUUGACAGUCGAUCAGAAGGUUGCAAAUUUGAAUCCCAUUUCCACUAAGCUGCCAAUGCUGGGCCCCUGAGCAAGGCCCUUAACCUUUAAUUGCUCAGUUGUAUAAAAUGAGAUAAAAAUGCAAGUCACUCUAGAUAAGGGCAUCUGCCAUACAUGUAAAGCAGGGAUACGUGUUCGAUGCGACACCAGUCCAUCACAGGGCAAAAAACACACGCAAAUAGCCAACUAGCUUACAAUGUGUUUUUUUGGGAGGAAACCCACAUGGCCAUGUGAAACACUACUGUAGUGCAAGCUGUAGUAUACCUGUAUAAAUAUUAUGUAAAGCCAAAAUGAUUUUAACAUUAAUGAAAUGAAAAUUUAAACCACAUCAUUAUUUACACCAAAUCUCAUGAGGACAUGGUAUGGUAGAUUUUAUUUUCUUUAAACCACACUGACCCAUUGAUGCAGAUGACAACACAUUUUAGUAUGGUUUAUCUCCUUUAUGUUCUUUUGUUUCAAAGCUGAAUAACAUGGAUUACUGAAGGGUUACUUUUAUCAGGUUUUAUAUUUUAAAUGUAGUCCUGUUUUUUUGUAUUACAUACAUAUAUAUAUAUAUAUAUGCUCAGCUUUUUGCAUUAUGUAUCUUUCAGUGCUGAACUAGUACUCACGUGGUAAGGACUCAAACUGUGGAGUGUGAUAACUGUUGUAAUCAGUCGAUCAGUCCCUGCAGGAUUUCACCAUUUUGAGAUCACAGACAUGAAUAAUAUGCUGAGGAGGUUGUGAUUU